UGUGGGGAAUUCAGUCUGUUUUGGACGGUCGACUGGAUUUUCAUAUCCGCGGACGGAAAAACUUCAAAAUCUUUGAACAUAGAAAUAAAAUUGGUGUGGUAGAAAUAAGUGAAGUAAAAGAAUCAAUUUAAUUGCAUUGCGUUGCAUCUUGCAUUAUUUGAAAUAUUGUGAAUCUGUUAGGUUUUAUGUUGAAGAGAGUCUCUGUGGACUUGGAAGACCGAGGACGUCUUCUUGCUCCAUCAUCCAACAUUAAUACUUCUUAUAACUACUUUGUUGGUGCGGUGUUUGUCGUUGUAGUCGUCGUCGUUUUGCCAAUUCAAUUUGCGGGCGAAAUGGUAAUUUCCCAUCGGGGUUUUCCUUUUUGGCCAGAAGCACUCAGACAAGUUGUAUAGUCGCAGUCGUACAGUGGAGGAAGUGCAGUCACCGCGACGCGUUUUGAGUAAUCAAUCAACUGUCGCGCGGUCUUGAGCUUCAUCGUUGUCGUCGUCGUAUGGUCUUCAUCAUCAUCAUCAGUAGAAGCAGCAUUAGUAUAGGGCGCUUCUGGGAUGGAAUGAAAAUAAGAAACCGUUAUUAUAGGGUUUGUCGUUCGUUAUAGUGGGUGUGCAGUGCGUCGUGUAAUGUUUUGUGUAGUGCAUCAAUGAAGUGAUUGUAAUCGAAAAGAAGCACACAAAAAAAAUCAAAUAAAUUGGAAUUUAAGUCUUGAAACGAGCGCGCAUCAAGGCUGACAGGGGGGUUUGAGUUGGGUUUGGAAAGUAAUUUUCUCGUAAAAUAGUUGUCGUUCUGGGAGGAUAAAUACCCUACAUAAAUGCAAAUGCAGUUCUUUCCGCCCCAUCGCGGGGAUUGUUACAUCCCAAGUGGUGGUGCAACCCAUUAAAAUGGGCCAAGGGAUUUACAAUCAUGGAGUGUCACGAAAAAGAGUGUAAUAGCCUGGUUCCCCAUUAAGGGGCAGCGCGUGAUUUAAAUCGAUUCUAUACGCGUUCCGCAUUCAGGACAUGGAUAGGCAUAGGGAUACGAAAACUCUUCAUGGAUUCUGCAUACCUAUGUGCUUGUUGUGCACUCACCGGAGCAAAGAAAAAAGAGAUUUCUUUCCCAACAAUAAAUAAAUCCGUCCCAUAAUAAGAACUAAUAGACUACAGGAAUCUCUACAUAAAUUUACAAAUCAAAUAAAUCUCAACAAAAAGUUUAAUUUAUUAAAUUAAAUAAGAAAACAAAGAAAAAAAACAUUUUUUACAAAACAAAAUUGUGCAAUUCAUAACUUAUAAGAAAAAAAAUAAGUGCAAUAAAAUAAAUAAUAAGAAAACUUAUUUAAAAAGAAAAUAAAAACAACAAAAGACUGCUUUAAAAAACAUUACACAAAAUAAAAUACAAAAAAGAAAAGAAAAUUCCAUUUCUUCGUACUUUGACUAAUAAUGUUCGGUUCCAAAAUUCGAUCAUGGAUGGAAAAUCAUAUUGUUCGUCCCCGAAAAAAAGGAAACAAAAAUAAAAACUCGAAUGGAACAUCGACUGCAUCCAGUAAUCUAACACAAAAUGGACAUGGACACAAAGGAGCAACUGGAUUUACGAUAUAUCAUGGAGAUGGUACAACCACGACAGCGUCAAUCACAGCUACCGCACCGAAUGGCAGUAUAUCAAGUCCAGCACGGCGUAGAGAGGUCUCACCGAUACAGAAUCACACCACAAGCCGCUUUGGAUGGCAGUCGCCAAGUGAAGAAUCAUCAACAAUGUCACCAAAAUCUGAUAAUUUUCUCUAUGUCCAACAUUCAAGUGUGAAGGCUCAAACACUAUCUGCAACACCAUCAUCCAAAGGAUCACAGCAUCAAAGAAAUUGCAUUGGUGGUGGCAUCAGUAACGGUGGAGUUAGCAGUGGCAGUUGCAACGCCAUCAUAACCGACCACACUGGCAAAGAAUUUCACCAUCAUCAGAAUCAAAAUCAGCAUCAGAAUCAGCAACAGUACCAGCAACAACAACAACCACAAGGAAAACGGACAAAAACUCUUUCACCCAGUAGCAUGUUCCGACGAAAGUCCGCAGGGAAUGCGGCCUCCGCGACGAAUGCCAAGCAUCCUUCGUCACAAAUCCAUCCGGUUGCGGGGGUGGAGAAAUCAAAGCAGAAAUACCUCAAGGGCGGUUGCUCCAAUAGUCACUAUGAAGAAAUCCAGAACAAUAAUAACCAGCAACAGCAUCAGCAGCAGCAACAGCAACAGCAGCAGAGCCAUCGAAAGGAGUACAUUCUAGAGCAAAAGGAUCUAACGAGCUACCACAAUGGCGAUGCGAAGAAUGAGUCCACAACUCCACGUUAUGGCAAAUUGCUACCAUCGAAGAUGGCCGGAGAUGGCUACAACUCAUCACAGCAUCAGCAGCAACAGCAACAGCAGUUUGGCUCGUACGAUAGUUUGAAUGCGAAUAUAGCAUACGCAGCAGUUAAUGGGGACGAGAGGGUUCCGAGUAACAAUAAUAACGGCGGCGCCGGUGGUCAUGUCAAUGGUGGCUAUCCAUCGGGGGCGGUUUCUAAUGUGGUGCUACGCAAUGGCUACGAGGCAAAUCGUCAGAUGUUAAGGUCAAGUCGUUACAACGGAACAGGACCUGGAGGUGUUGGAGGACCAGGAACAGGAGCAGUUGCUGUAGCAGCAUCAGCAAUAGCCGGAGGAGUAGGACCAUCGAAUGGGAUACUGUCAAAUGGUCCAGUGAACCAUCAUCCAAUGGGUCACAUAAUGAAUAGUUUGUCGUCGCCAGAGAGUGCUUACUCGACCGGAUAUUCCACAGAUGGCACUUCACCAGGUGCUACCUACACACCACCGGAGUACUACAUCAAUAUGCGUACCGGAACUCAUUAUUUUCCAAAGAGUGUCAACACUCUGGCCAUCGAAGCACAACGCUAUAAAUUUGGCUUGAAUAAAAUAGAAGAGAUGUCACCACAGGAUCCUUUGCCAAACAAUAACAACAAUAACAAUCACCGCCGAACUGAAUCCUUUGACUCAGGACAAAGUAAAAUUCCUGGCUUUGGUAUCCCAGAUCCAGAAUUCUUUCAAAACCAAGCAAAGCUAUUCGAACAACAAAACAAUCAACAGAAUAAUCACCAGCUACAGCAACAACAACAAAACCAACAACAACAACAUCAACAGCAAAUAAAUGUUGGAAGUCAUAGUCCACUGCCAUUGCGGAACACCAUAGUCAUUCCGACACUCAAGGGUUUUGAAUCACCAUCACCCCGGCAGCGUUGCCGCAUCCGAACGAAUCCUUGGUACUCGACAACAGACACAUCCUCCUCAGGCACAACCAUUGCCACAACCCAGGCAUUCCUUGCGGCAAAGAAAAUGGAACUAGAUGCCAGCUCCUCAUCGUCGGGCAUAAAAUCAAGUAGCGAAGCGGGCGCAAGUGAUAAAAAUGAGAAGAACGAGAAGACAUCUGAUGAGUCGACGUCAGAGACGUCAAGUUCCUCAACCGAAGUGGAGAAUCUGCAAAGGACUUAUUCGCCAAAUACCAUUCGACGGAAGAAGCAGCUCGGGGAGUUGCUGUUGACGUCGUCGUGUCGUUCCGAGAUGCACUCCUUGCAUCAGCAGGGCUCACAUCAUCAUAUCGAUAGUGACGAGGAUGCAACGCUGAACGAAAUGAUGGGCAAGUUCGACGAGAGCUAUGUAUAUGAGAAAGAGACUGAUAUUUUAAGUAGUGACUCUGAUCCUACUGAUUGUGCCUCCGACCUGGAUACAGGACAAGAUGCCGGUGAUGAGUGUGACACUGAUGAUAUGCUGGAUAUUGAGUUUAUUGACACAGCGUUGGUGGGACAGGAAGCAGCGAUGGUUAAGACCUAUCAGCUUCCUAGACGAGCUUCCCGGCAACGUCAUAUGAAGACAUAUCCAGGUGAAGAUGCCUCGAAGCGCAAGAAGAAACUCAUGAAGACUCGAAAGAAAAGCACAGAGAGCAAGGGACGUGGUUCGCCUAUGAAGAAUUCUAGGGAGUCAAGGAGUUUGGGUGGAACACCUGUUUGCUUGAGGCGUAAUCAAUCAGCUGACAACAAAAGGUCAUUGAAGGCUCAAACCCUGUCUACACGUUGCAGUUCAUUGACUUUUACCGAAGUCCAUGCUAUUCGGAGUAAAUUUAUAGCAAUUGGUGACAGUGAGAAGGCUCUUCUAAGGGCUGAUCUAGAGGCCGAUGUCAAGUAUCGCCAGUUGAUUCAUGAAGCUGAAACCAUUCUGGUGUCCAUGAAGACAAGUGCUCUAAGCAUCCCUAGAGAAACACCAGUUGCAAGUCCCCGAAGAGUUUGCAACCCUCUGGCCAAUAAACGAGUUGAAAUGCUAAAACAAUGUGAAGCCGAUAUCAAACGUGAACUCCUCAAACAACAACAGAAAUCUCUAGACGCCGAAAAUAACAUCUCAAUUGACAAUGGCGCCCUCAACAAACGCCUCGAGUCGCUUAAAUACGAAACCAAUUCGGCUCCGAACAGUCCCAAAUCGAGUCGUUUCAGUCCGCGGAAGACUCACAUUACCAAUUUCAUAAACCAGAAUGCUCCACCAGAGGUCCCACCGCGAAGAAGUAGCAUUCCCGAGCCUCCACCACGUUCUCCACAAUUGCAGGUGAAUGGUCAAUCGAUAAAGGGACGGUCAGCAUCGCCGCUAUCUCAUCGCCGCCGAUUCCGCAGUCAAUCGCCAAAGAAACAACAACCAAUAUGCUCGGAUUCCGAUUCAGAUGAUAAUUCGAAUUCAUCGAUGAAACAGCAAAAUCUCAGCCGAAGAUCUCGAAGUCUUCGGAGCAAUACUCAGGAUGAAGAUGAUAGAAACAAUCGAAAUUGUCUACCGGAAAUUCAAAAGAUCACAAUUUACAAUGAAUCGGACUAUACGAAUAGGAAUGUUAAGCCGGCUUUGAUGUCAUUCAAGUCAUUUGGUGGGACAGCAACAACCAUUAGUAUGAGCAGUUAUUGUCCACAAAGUGAGCCAUUGAAGAGAAAAGUCUAUCGGGGAAGUUCGUCAUUUGAAAGAAUUAAAAAGAGCCUCGAUUUGGAUUCGGGUAAGUUUAUGUGUAUCUAUAAUGUGAGCAAAUAGAUGAAACUUUUGACUCCUUCUGCUGUCAUUUUGACGUUUGAAUGCGAAUUAUUUCAAUGUUCCAUCGUUUUAUUUUGCUCCUACUCAUUUACACUUUUUUCUUUUUACCCAAAAACUUUGUGCGAUGCUAAAUAAGAAGACGUCAAAAUAAGUAGCCUAAAAUGUGUUCAAUGUAAACAGCGUUCAGUGAAAAAUAGAUGAAAGUUUGCUGUCAUUUUGACAUUUAAAGUCGAAUCGUUUGAAUAUGCCAUCAUUUUAUUUGGCUCUCACUCAUUUACAAGAAAAUGAAUUAAAUAUCUCACUUUUUUUCUUUUAACCACAAACUGGAAGCGAGGCUUAAUAAGUAGACGUCAAAAUAAGUGGUCUAAAAAGCAUUCAGUUUUAAAUAGAUGUCAUUUUUUACAUCUGCUUUCAUUUUAACAUUUAGGAAUACCAUAAAGUUAAGAUCAUGUUUAAUUAUUUGUGCAAAAACAAAACGAAAUAAAAUCUAAGGACUUUUGCCAUUCCUAAAAAAUGAUGUCAAAAAUGACAGUUGUCAUCGUGUCAACAGAAAUAAAUGAAUAAUUAAGAACGAAUUUUCUUAUUUAAACUCUCAAAACACGAGAUUAAAUAAAAACACAUUUUUUGACAAAUAUUACAUUGCUAAAAAUGUUGGUUUUAAUGAUUCUAGAUUCAAGCUUUUGAAAAACGAACGAAAGUAACGAACUGUCACUUUUACGUUAUAAUAAACUUCUGUUUUAUAUUGUCAUUCGUUACACUGCUUCAUUACUCGUUAACCCAGUGAAUAUGAAGUCUAGUACAGUCAAAAUGUCAGAAAAGAGUCUUACACAUAUUUUGCCUGAUUGGUUAAAUAUUUUUUGGGAAAAAACUAAUGCAAUUAUUAACUACUAGUAACUAAUUUUAAAUUUUAGCAUUACAUAGUGAGAAAAUUUUUUUUCUAAAAAUUGAAACUGUAUAUAAGUUUUUCUUGACUGAAUUCAUAUUUUUAAAAAAGUCAAAAAAAAUAAUACAGCUACCACACUGGACAAAGCUUUCGUCAAAUAAAAUGUAUUCGUUAAAAAGCUCUUUCUAAUCCAAUUUUUAAACCUUAUUUACAGAAAUACCGAUACCGAAACAAGCUAUUCUAGACAAAAUAAACAACAUGCGUCGUGAACGUCAAAGCUCGUUAUCCAUUAAAAGCUCCAGCCAAGACAUGAACCAAUGUUUAAACGAUGAACAACAAUUAGAAGACGAUGAACCAACAAGUGUUUCGUCAAAUCUCAGCACUAAACAACAAUUAAUACUAAAUACCAUCGAAGAUCUAAAACGUAGUCUCGAAUACCAAAGUGUUGAGUUAAAUGGUCUCAACGAAGACGAAUAAAAUAAAAUAAAUUAAAAACUGUUCAUUCUAUUUUGUAUUUUUAAAAACAGUUUAAUGAAAAAAAAAAAAGAAAAUAAGUAAUGAAAAUGAACACUAACAACAUCAUCCAAAGAAUUAUACAUUAAUUAUAUAUAUUCUACUAUAUACAUUAUAAAUACUGUGCAAUAUUAAGUGAAACUAUUUUAAGUAUAAACAACUAAAAAUACAAGUAUCGAUCUUCCCAACUUAAAACUAAAAUGAAACAUAACUGCCCAAAAUCCCCUUUUACACUUUACAUUAACAAAAAAAAAGAAAAACAAAGCAAAACACUACUUAACACUUUCAAUAUUUAAACUACUAUGUAUUUAACUUUUAUCAUUCCAUAUGGAGUUUAAAUACUAAUUACGUUCUUAAUUCUGAUCGACAACACUGUUUUUUUUU